AUGGAAGCAACUUCAACAGAAGUAGUUGAAAACGAAAAUCACGAUGAUACCUUCACAUCUCUGAAAGUCUGUGAAGGAGCAAAGGGUGUUUUAACAAAAUUACCAUUCGAAAAAAUGUUUCCUAUACAGAAAAAAGCUAUACCACUCUUACUAGAAGGUGCAGAUGUUGUAGGAGCUGCUAAAACCGGCAGUGGCAAGACACUUGCAUUUGUAAUUCCAGCAAUUAAUUUGCUAAUAUCGAAAAAUAUUUCAAAAUCAGAAGGAAUUGCGGUUUUGAUUCUAGUACCAACACAUGAAUUAGCAUCCCAAAUAUUUGAUGUAGUUUCUUCUCUAAUUUUAGAUUUAGAUAUUUCAGUUGGUCUAUUUUGUGGCGGGUCCAAUAUUAAAACCGAUAUAGAACAGUACAAACAAGGGCUGAAUAUGAUAAUUGCUACACCUGGCAGACUUUGUGAUCAUAUCAAACUUCGUUGA